AUGGCGAACGGCGGGUCCCCCAAGUCCGGUGACAUCCCGCCCUACCCCGAGAUGAUUCUCGCGGCGAUCGAGGCGCUGGGCGACAAGAACGGCUCGAGCAAGUCGGCCAUCUCCAGCUACAUCGAGGAGAAGUACGAGGGCCUUCCCUCCGCGCACGCCUCCCUCCUCACGGCCAACCUCGCCAGCAUGAAGGAGGCCGGCAAGCUCGCCUUCGCCAAGAACAACUACCUCAAGGCCGAUGCUCCCUCCGCCACCCCGGCAAAGCGCGGCCGUGGCCGCCCGCCCAAGGACCCCAACGCGCCGCCCAAGCCCAAGGCGGCGCCCAAGGACCCCAACACGCCCAAGCGCGGUCGGGGCCGCCCGCCCAAGGCUAAGGACUCCAUGGCCGACGCCGUCAAGGAGGCCGUCGCCAAGGCCACCACCGGCAUGCCCCGCGGCCGCGGCCGCCCGCCGGGUCCCUCCUCGGCCAAGAAGGCCAAGGUCACCACGGAGGCUGCCUCUCCGGCUCCCGCGUCCGGCUCCGCUCCUGCCAAGCGUGGCCGUGGGCGCCCACGCAAGGUGGCGGCUUGA